UCCUCACAAGAAAAGCUGCCGAAUUCUUCCCUCGAACCCUAGUGGGACCGGGUCAUCUCAAUUUCCCCAGCACUGUACGUCGCCUAUUUCGACCAGAUUCUCUCCGCCGUUUUUCCGAAUCUCUUUUUCCGGUUGAUUUCCUCGGAGAUUUCGGUGGGACCGAAGUGCGUGUACCGGAAUUUUUUCAGUUUCACCGAACCGAUUUCUCGAUUCCCUAACCGGUCACGAGCUGCAAUAACCGAAGGUUUAUACAUUUUGUGUUCUUACAGUUCCAAACGUGGAAGAGGCAGGUUAGGAGGAGAUGGAAAUGGAAUUGGAGCCAGUAGCUCUGACGCCUCAGAAACAGGACAGCGCAUGGAAGCAUUGUGAAGUCUACAGGUACAGGGACCGGUUACAGAUGAGGUGUCUCUACUGUCGGAAAAUGUUCAAAGGUGGUGGGAUAACCAGGGUCAAGGAACACCUUGCUGGCAAAAAGGGUCAAGGUCCCAUUUGCGAUCGAGUUCCAGAGGAUGUUCGCCAGUUCUUGCAGCAGUGUUUGGAUGGGACCGUAAGGCGGCAGAGGAAGAGGCGAAAAUGGAGUUCAGAGCCACAGCCUAUAGCUUACUUCCCUCCUUCUGAAGUAGAUGAUGCAUUGGUUGUGAAUAAUGGAUUCAAAUCACCAGGUCCAGCUGUUAGGAAGAAUGGUUUUGACAACAAUGCCUCUGCCAAUGUUGAUGGAGACACGGACAAUAAUUUAAUUCCAGUGGCUAUCAGUUGUGUCAAAAACGUCGUGCAAAAAGAAAGCUCGAAAACACUUCAUAUGGCGAUUGGACGGUUUCUGUUUGAUAUUGGAGCUGAUUCUGAUUCAGUGAAUUCUGUUAAUCUCCAACCAAUGAUCGAUGCCGUUGUUUCCGGAGGAUUUGGGGCUUCCAUCCCUGGAAAUCGUGAUCUCCGAGGUUGGAUAUUGAAGAACUGUGUCGAGGAAAUGAUGAAGGAAAUUGACGAAAGCCGGUUACUGUGGAAGAGGAUGGGAUGUUCCGUUUUGGUUGAGCAGUUGGACUCUGGAAAAGGUCGAAAAGUCCUCAAUUUUUUGGUUUACUGCCCAGAAAAGGUAAUGUUUUUGAAGUCUGUGGACGCGUCCGAGAUUAUACCGUCUGCUGAUAAAUUGUAUGAGCUAUUUAGGGAGGUGGUGGAAGAAGUCGGGGAAACUCAUGUCAUUCAAGUGAUUACGAAAUGUGAAGAUCACUAUGCCGCUGCCGGGAAAAUGUUGAUGGACGCUUACCCUUCUCUUUAUUGGGUUCCUUGUGCUGCUCAUUGUGUGGAUAAGAUGUUCGAGGAUUUUGGAAAGGUCGAGUGGAUAAGGGAAGCAAUCAAACAGGCUCAAUCUAUCACCAGAUUCAUCUACAAUCAUAGUGGUGUUUUGAAUCUGAUGUGGGGAUUUACUUCCGGCAAUGAUAUCGUGCAGCCGGCAUUGAGCCGUUCCGCCACAGAUUUCAUGACAUUGGGAAGAAUAGCCGAUCUUAAACCCAAUUUGCAGGAUAUGGUAACUUCGCCAGAGUGGAAUGAUUGUUUAUAUUCAAAGGGAACGGGUGGAUUGGCUAUGACCGAUACUAUCAACGAUGAGGCCUUUUGGAAGGCACUUACUCUGUUAAGCCAACUAACCGAUCCUCUUUUGCGAGUUCAGAGGAUAGCCUGUUCUGAAAAGAGUCCUGCAAUGGGGUAUGUAUAUGCAGCAAUCUACCGGGCAAAGGAAUCGAUUAAAAAACUACUCGUUAAGAGAGAGGAUUAUCUAAAUUACUGGAAAGUUGUAGAUAGCAGGUGGGAGGAACAAAAGCUUCUUCCUUUGCAUGCUGCCGGUUUCUUUCUUAACCCGAAUUUCUUCUAUAACGCCAAUGAAGAAUUGCGCGGUGAGAUCCUUUCAGCAGUCUUUGAUUGCAUAGAGAGAUUGGUCCCUGAUGUCGCCAUCCAAGAUAAAAUCAUCAAGGAGAUAAACUUGUACAAGAACUCCGUUGGAAUUUUCGGAAGGAACCUGGCAAUCAGAGCUCGGGGCACAAUGCUUCCGGGUGAAUGGUGGUCCACAUACGGAGAAAGCUGCUUGAAUCUCUCGCGUUUUGCCAUACGUAUUCUUAGUCAGACUUGCAGUUCGUCGAUUCAGUGGAGAAGAAAUGUAAUACCGAUAGAACAAAUUUACCAAUCAAAGAACUGCAUCGAGCAACAACGGCUGAGCGAUCUCGUGUUUGUCCAAUACAACAUGCGUCUCAAACGACGGGAUCAAGAAAGCCGAGAUUUCUCGGUAGACCCGUUAUCAGACAGCAUCUGCAUGGAUGUUCUUGAAGGCUGGGUUUCCAAAAACCAAACCUGUAUAGAAGAAAAUGGAAGUUCAGACUGGAAGUUGCUCGAGUUUGGUAAGAGAACUCAAGUACCCAUUGUCGUUGAUGAAGCUGAGAACUUGGGCACAGGUUUUGAUGAUUCAGAGAUUUUCGAGGAGGAAAAGGAAGUGGAGGAGGAAGGUUAUUACACAAACAUAUCGGAUAAGAUCUUCACGUAAACUCUUCCUAACUUUGCAGAAAGCUCUCAUCCUCUAGGUUGAUUAGUGUUCUAGAGUCUAUCUCCAUAGUUUGUGUCCGAAAACAUUACAAUGACCGGAUCAGAUUGUUGCUGAAUGAAGAAUGUUUGAUGGGUUUGUCCGGACAUGCAUCGGAAGACUCGAAUCCUGGUCCAGAAUCACUCGAGACAGACACAAGCUCGUCGAAAAUAUAAUCAUCAGUUCUUUAUUCUCUCCGUAAAAGGGAUUUUGGGGAUA